GCGACGGAGGAUCCUUACUUAGAUGUGGAUGUUGCGCAGUCCAUCCCGGUGGAGCGGCACGGUGAGCAGGCCAAGAGCAAAGCGGCUUUGCGUCGACCGGCGGUGGCCGUGUUGAAGCGGCCCGCCUUUGCGGCUGGCGGCAGGGCGCUUGGCGACGAUGGGGGGUGGGAAGCCUGUGUCCAACGUGGGGCCCACUACCACGAGUCUUGGUUUGCCAGCGAGUUUCCCGUCAGUGACAGCGAUUGCCCUGAAGACCUUCAGGUUGCAAUCGAU